CUUUGCGGGAAGACUAUCUGCCAUGGCUGGCAUUUUGUUUGAAGACAUCUUUGAUGUAAAGGAUAUUGAUCCAGAAGGAAGAAAAUUUGAUCGAGUGUCAAGGUUACAUUGUGAAAGUGAGUCUUUUAAGAUGGAUUUGAUCCUUGAUGUUAAUAUACAGGUUUAUCCUGUGGACUUGGGGGAUAAAUUCCGCUUGGUUAUUGCCAGUACGCUCUAUGAGGAUGGUACAUUGGAUGACGGAGAGUACAAUCCUACUGAUGACCGACCCUCAAGAGCUGACCAGUUUGAAUACAUCAUGUACGGCAAGGUCUAUCGGAUAGAGGGUGAUGAAACUUCCACAGAAGCCGCUACCCGCCUGUCUGCAUAUGUAUCAUAUGGAGGACUUCUAAUGAGGCUUCAGGGAGAUGCUAACAAUCUGCAUGGAUUUGAAGUGGAUUCUCGUGUUUACCUCUUGAUGAAGAAGCUGGCUUUCUAAUGCUGAAGGGAAUUAUUGAAUGGUGCAGUAUUGGAAUGUAAUAUAGACCCUUUUGACAUCUUGUAUUUUUUUGUAUUUUAAUAAAAUAUUAUUUUGUGAUAAA